GUAGUUUCUGGAGAUGGUUGUCCCCCAGGGAAACCUUAUGUGGCUGCUUCAUCAGAGGUCUCCAGCCCCUUGAGCUCCGCAUGCCGCCUGCCUUCGGAGACGGAGCUGCACAACCUGAACGAUCGUCUGGCCACCUAUAUUGAUCGUUUGUGUAACUUGGAGACAGAGAAUUCCCACCUCAGCAUCGAGGUGCAGAUCACCAGGGACAAGGUCACCCGCGGGACGACCAAUAUCAAGAACAUGUUUGAGGCAGAGCUGCUGGAGUCGCGUAGUUUUCUGGAUGAUACGGCCAGGGAUUGUGCCCGUGGCGAGAUCGAUAGCAAGCCUCCGUGGGAGGAGAACGAGGAUCUGAAGAACUGUCUGGACAAGAAAAUUAAGGAGUGCAGCACUGCUGAGGGAAAUGCCCGCUUGUACGAGUCGCGUUUCAAUGAGCUGAGCAAAUUCAACCUGGUCAAUGCCGAUCGGAAGAAGAUUACUGAUGAACUGAACAAUAUGACCAAGGAGUUGGAUCGUCUGCGCAAGCAGUUUGAAGAAACGCGCAAGGCUCUAGAGCAGGAGACACUGUCGCGCUUUGACUUGGAAAGUACCUUUCAGAGCCUUCGGGAGGAGCUGUCAUUCAAGGAUCAGAACAUUUCACAGAAGGUCAAUGAGUCGCGGGGCAUCCGCCAGACAGAGUACAGCGACAUCAUUGAUGCGAAGUUAAAGAAGUUGCUACAGGAGCUGCGCGCCCAGUAUGAGGAUAAAGAAACAGAGAAUUCCCACCUCAGCAUCGAGGUGCAGAUCACCAGGGACAAGGUCACCCGCGGGACGACCAAUAUCAAGAACAUGUUCGAGGCUGAGCUGCUGGAGACGCGUAGUUUUCUGGAUGAUACGGCCAGGGAUUGUGCCCGUGGCGAGAUCGAUAACAAGCCUAUGUGGGAGGAGAACGAGGAUCUGAAGAACUGUCUGGACAAGAAAAUUAAGGAGUGCAGCACUGCUGAGGGAAAUGCCCGCUUGUACGAGUCGCAUUUCAAUGAGCUGAGCAAAUUCAACCUGGUCAAUGCCGAUCGGAAGAAGAUUACUGAUGAACUGAACAAUAUGACCAAGGAGUUGGAUCGUCUGCGCAAGCAGUUUGAAGACACGCGCAAAGCUCUAGAGCAGGAGACACUGUCGCGCUUUGACUUGGAAAGUACCUUUCAGAGCCUUCGGGAGGAGCUGUCAUUCAAGGAUCAGAACAUUUCACAGAAGGUCAAUGAGUCGGGCCGCAUCCGCCAGAAAGAGUACAGCGACACAGCGACAUAG